CAUGUCUGGUGAGGUCAACGGGCAUGUGUUCAUCUCCUCGCUCAAGCGGUUUGUGGCCGAGCAUGGUGAGGAGGUCGUCGGUGGAGCGGCGCCCUUUACCGUCAACCCGGCGUGCCUGGCCUAUCUCAACGGACGGCUGUACAUGUUCCACGAACAUGGUGCAGAGUCAUGCAGGGAGUAUGGGGAUGCUGAUGCCAUGAUGGUCAUCGACCGUUUUGUUCGCAAGUUGCCCUCGCUUCAUGUCGCUGGUCCGCGGCAUCCUCCGCCGCAUGCUGCACACAUCGCCGCAGACCACCCAGUUGCCAUGGGCAUGUUCCACUCGCUCGAGCGACUGCAUGCCGACAACGUGCUCCCACGCCAGCUUGCUGACCUCAACGAAGUCUUUGUCCAGCUUCGCGCGCUGACCCUCGUCGUCGCUGCUCCGCGCUCGGGCGGUCGCUCGGAUCCAGAUCAGGGUCCUGCCCUGCCCUUCCCGGUCCAUUCACGCUUUGCGCUUGACCAGCUGCUUGUCGACUUGCCGUUGCAUGGCGUUGAGGUCUUUGCUUCGCCGCUGCCGUCGCCCACGGCGGCCGAGCAUGGCGCUGGAAACGGUGACGGCGAGGCCUUUUCGGAUCCACCUUCACCAUCGGCGCAGAUCGGCUCGCCGAUCCGCAAGGUUCGCGAGGUCGUCUGGCCACGCCUCCGCGAGCUUACCAUAACCCACGCUGGGCUCGAGCGGAUUGACCAGCGGGCGCUACUGGCCGUUCCCUACUUGGAAGUCCUCGUUCUCAGCCACAACAAGCUGACCGCCAUCGAGCACCUCGAGGAGUGCAUCUACCUCCACACUGCUGACCUUGGCUACAACGCCAUCACCUCAUUUGCCAACGUCCACACUCAAGUCGGCAAUCUGCGGUCGCUCUCGCUUCGCUCCAACUCAAUCCGCUCACUGGCCGGCCUCGGCAAGCUCUACGCGCUCGAGUCGCUCGACCUUGCCCUCAACCUGGUUGUCUCCCUCGACGAGGUCUCGCGGCUGGCCGCUCUGCCAUGCCUUGAAGCGCUGUGGUUGGCCGGCAACCCUGUGGCAGCGCGGACUGACUUUCGUGUCGCCACCUUUGCCGAGUUUGAGCUUGCAGGCUCCGAGUCGCUGCGGACGCUCGACGGCGCCCCGCUGUCGUCCUCGGACGCCGCAGCUGUUUCACGGGUUGUCUCAGCAUCACGUGAGGUUCACCGUCGCGCCGCCUCGGGCUCACCAGCCCCAGCUCUGAUAUCGUCGUCUCCGCGCGCCCGCGUUGCCGCUAUUCGCGAUGUUCCGGCGCCGCGCCCGCGCGUGGCCUCCUCGCCCCCGCAAGGCUAUUCGGGGCCGUCUGUUGCUACUCCCGCUCUUCUUGCCGCGCCAACUGCUACUGCUCCGCUCCCGGUGCCACUGUCGAGCUCGACCGAGCUCAAAGAGUCGACGCAGGAGUUCAAGCGCCAGGUCGAGGACAUCAAGGCUCGCUACGGAGACAACUGGCUGGUGGUUCUCACCCAGCUCGAACGUGAUCGCCGCGAGCAGCGGUUGGCCGCUUCCCACACUUCGCCGCGGCUUGUUGCCGAUCCCUAUGCCACGGUCGCGUCCUCGUCGCCGACGCGGCCCGACGGGCUCAGCUCGCCACAGCUGGUUGUGGCCAAGCGCAAGUCGCGGUCGGAAGCGCGUUCCAAGGACGGCUUUUUCGUUACUAGCGGCAGGAGCCGGCGAAAGAAGCGCAAGAGGCGUAAGCGCAAGGAAUGUUCGGCAAACUCGGGCCACUCGUCGCCGUCGCCGUCGGUGUCACGCUCGCGCUCGCGCUCCCGGACCCGGUCGCGCCGCUCGGGAUCGACCUCGCUCUCGGCCUUGAUGCAAGACGCACAGGCGAAGCUGGCCACUCCUGCUCCGUCGGAUGAGACCAAGUCAAGCACGUCGCGAACGAGCGGGUCACACUUGCCGGCACCAAACGAUGCCGCCUUUGACGCCCUGCCGCUGCCACCGCCUGGCGGUCGCUCCUCCGAGGCUUCACCGCGCUCACCAGCCAUCUCACCCCGCUCGCCGACACUGCUGCCGCGCGACGGGACGCCGCCGACUUCGCAUCCCUCGACUGCCAGCUCUAUGCGCUCGGCAGAAUCGAUCGCUGGUGACGAUGGGCUUGCCACCGCGCCAGACGCCGGUGCCGAGUCGUCGGAGGCGGAUGCGUCAUCCGACGACGGCUCGACUCAAGGCGAGUUUCUGGUGGAGACCACCGGCUCAGCGGCCAAGACCCUCAUUCUCAUUGUUACCCGCGGCAAGAUCUCGGAAAUGGACGUGACCGACGCCGAAGUCGUCGCCACCCACAACCUCGAGCACCUCUACCGAGCCUCAACCUUCUCGGCACGUUCGGGCUCGCGAGUCCAGCUCGAGUUCCGCAGGGACCGCGGCGUGGCGUCGACAGUCGAGUAUGCGGUUGAGGCCGACGUCGUUGGUGAGCUUGUCGACCUCCUCAACUCGUUGGCCAACCCAGAGCUCGCUGUUCUCCACGCUACCGUCAAGUGUCUGAAGUGCUCGGCGACGUAUGCCGACACGACCAAGGCUAUGCUUCGCGACAUGUGCCCGACCUGCGGCUCCGACUUUAUUGUCGAGGCAUUUGAGGAGGCACAGCCAGCGGUAGCUGAGGCGACGGCGCCACUGGCCAUCCCGGGUGCUACUGCAGGCGCCGGAGCGAGCUCGGGCAUGGCCUCGUCGGUGGCAUCCGAGGCAUCGGCCCACUCUUUUGCGGCAUCAUCGUCUGCAGCAGGCCACGCAGCAUCGCCGCGUGUCGGCUCAGCGUCCAGCGACGCCGCAGUUGUGCACACUGACGAGGCACCGCCACCAAAACCGGUGACACCGGUUGACUAUGACGAGGGCAUGCGGUCCGAGGCCGAGGCCCGCGCCGACGCCGGCUAUCUUGAUCUCGGCUGGGACGUGACACUCCAGUCAGCGCUCAAGCUCCACGUCCAGCUGCACAUCAUCGACGUCGAGACUGAGAACAUUCUCGCCUUUGCACCGGGCCGACUCGCCAAGUGGAGCCUCAGCGCAUCGGGCAACGUGACGCGCUGGGCUGGCGUGAUUGUCACAACAGCCUCGGUCCUCCUUCUCGGCCACAAGUCGUGGUCCAAAUCGUCACCGUUCACCGAGUCGCUCACCCAGGGCGACGCUGACCUCAUCGACGGUCUUGUCGAGCUCGACAAGAUCGACAUUGCGAGCCUCGCCGCCGUCCGAGUCGGCGCGUUUGGACAGAGUCUCCGUCUGGAGCUAUCACCGGAGACCUCGUACGCGAUCAUCACCGGCUGCGCCGAGGCGACGCGGCAGCUGAGCGCGACGCUGCACAAGGUGGCGCGGCAUGUGCCUCUGGUUCAAAACGCCCCGGAUGUCCGGGCCGCGCUUGCCACCACCAUCUUUACCGGCAUCAUGUCCGAGGUCCAGCUUGACCUGCGCAAGGUGCUCUCUGUGGUUGUCCUCCCACCACGAGACGUUGACAAGUCCAGCAAGAUCAAGGCACCGUUCCACGCCACGCUCGUGCUGACCAACACCUGGCUGGUACUGCUGAACGAGGCGUUCACGGUCCACCCGCUUCCGGCGUUCGACAAGGUUCUCGCCAAGGCCGACAAGGCCAAGCCCGGACAGCAGUUUGCGCUCUACCAGGCGAUCGAGAUCAAGGAUUUGCUCGAGGCCGACGUGUACGCUUCUGCGCCGACGCGACUGGACCUCUCGUUCCUCGUGGAGGAGGCUGUGCCCGGUGCCGUCGACGAGUCGAGCGGCGAUGUGUCGUGGCGACUGCAGGGCGGCGGCGAGCGCGACAUGCGGCACCUCGUGGAUGUGCUCCGGGCGCUGUGGUCGGACCACUUCCACAUCGCAGACAUGGUGGUGUACAAUGAGUAAGAGCUGAGCGGGUGUGCUUGUUUGUUAUUGUACGCUAGGCGCUCCAGUAGCGGGCAAAGUUGUCAAGUGAGCCCGAGGCAAACGCAUCCUCGGUGGGCGAGGCUGUGAUCGACGAGACCGGCUGCUUGUGACCAGGCAGCGUUGACACGAUCUGCGCGGUGUGGACAUCGUAGAUGGCGAUGCCGCCGCGGGCCUCGUCAGAGACAAGAAUGUGCUUCUCGUGAAAGUUAAAGGUGGCCGGCGACGGCAUGGUGGCGA